UUUAGUUGCACUGGUUCUCGGCGCUGCAUGCACUGCGCAAACAGCCAGCAAAAGCGUCGACGACGCGCUUUGUGUCUUGUGCUCGCACACUCCGCAACAACAACAACAAUCGUCAUGACAAGACGAAUCAGUGGAAGUUACAUAUUUUUAUUGCUGAUCGAGUUUCUGCUGUUACCGAAAAAUGAGGUGGCGUCCUACAGGGCCGUUGCCAUCAUCCACGGUGUUCUCACGGGCAGCGACAGCAUGGACGAAAUAUCACAGAGGAUACAAGAGAAACAUCCGGGAACACAAGUAUAUAACACGGUAAGAUAUGCAGGCUGGAGCAGCUUGGAGCCAAUGUGGAGACAAGUCGAAGAAAUCGGCAACGACAUAUUGGCGAUCGGCGCCGCUUAUCCGGAAGGCAUAAAUCUUCUGGGAUACAGUCAAGGAGGACUUUUAGCUAGAGCCAUAUUGCAACGAUUUCCCCAGCACAACGUGAAAAACUUCAUAUCCUUGAGCUCGCCGCAAGCUGGACAAUACGGAACUCGAUUUUUACACCUGAUAUUUCCGGAUCUGGUGUGCUCGACGGCUUUCGAGCUGUUCUACUCGUCGGUGGGCCAGCACACGAGCGUCGGCAAUUACUGGAACGAUCCGCAUCAUCAGGAGCUCUACUACAAGUACAGUCGAUUUUUGCCGUUCGUCAACAACGAGAAAAUCACCUCCAACACGAGCACGUUCAAGGAGGGCCUGACGAAGCUCCAGCGGAUGGUCCUCAUCGGUGGCCCGGACGACGGCGUCAUUACGCCUUGGCAGAGCAGCCAGUUCGGUUACUACAACGUCAACGAGACGGUGGUGGAGAUGCGAGACCGCGACGAGUACCAGAACGACCUCAUAGGCCUCAAGACCCUCGACAAGAACAAAAAGCUGAUUUUGCACACGGUGCCGGGUAUACCGCACUUCAUGUGGCACAAAAAUAUGAGCAUAGUCGAUGAAUUUAUUUUACCCUAUUUAGAUUAAUUUUAUUACAAGUAUAUACAACUCAGUGAUACAUAACGAUGGAAAGACUGCGAACAAUUUUUGUACGAUUAUCAUAUCAUUUUUAAAUAAUCAAAAACUUAUCAUGGCUGAAUUUAUCAGCGCGCAAUAAUGCACGCGCGUGCAAUGUACAUAUUUUCGUCUAUUGACAGUGUCAACGGUGCAUUUACAGUGAAUAAAAAUGAAUUAUUUUGAGACAGUAAAAAA